AUGCUUAUUAUUAAUAACGUAACUAGUUCAGUUUCUUUGUUGUCGUGUUCGAUCGUUUCUUGUUUAGUGUAAAUUCGUAAAUUAAAAUUAUAUUGGCCAGCAUGGGCAACUACUUUACAAUAAAUAUGGAAGAAAACUUCAAGAAAAACCAGGAAUUUAUUCAAACUAUAAAUAAAAUAAAGAUGGAAAGACAAAUUCAACUUCAAUAUCAAAUGCAGGAAAGACAAGUGGCGAUGCAAAUCGCUAAAAAUAGAGACACAUGUUUAUGGCUUACUACAUUUUCCAUUGCCACCGCAACUGCACUGUUCACUGGUUUCAGAAGAACAAAGAGACAGUAUUUGUUGAUGCCAUUAGUUCCACUAACGUUUGUGACCCUUUAUUUUUGGGAUCUUGCAUAUGGAAACAAAAUGCAUCGAAUUAGAAUGGAGGCAGAACACAUUAUGACUCACGAAGCUGACAUGCUAGAGUGGCCAUGCGGCUUACCAUCUCCAUCGUCCAUUGACCUUGGCCGUUUAGAAGAUGAAGAGAAGAAGAAAAUUCACCCACCAAUGCUUUAAGUUUAAAAAAUGUCAUAUGAGGAUUGUGCCUUCACUAGCCUAUUGUAUAAAAUGCUGAGCAAUAAGUGGAGAAAUAUUUAUAAAUGGCUAGAUCCUUGUUAAUAUUUUAGGAUUCAUGGCUUGCGUAUGGCGCAUAGAACAAUAAUAUUAUAUGCCACAAAAAGUCAUUUUAUAUAAUGGCGAGUGAUUAGUAAAGUUAGAUGAUUGAAUUAUUUCAUUCCAAUAUUGGAAUAUCUGUGUGUUUCAAAAUAAAAUUAUUCAGAUUUUUCCAAUUCCAAAAAAAAAUUAAAUCAUUCCAGUUGUCUUUUUAAAUCUAGUAUGUACGGACAACGACACAUCAGACUAUACGUUUUUGUUCGAAAAUCGCCUCCAGUGCAACAGAACAAGAUACGUCAAUGUAUAGAUUGAUGUGCUGGCGUGUGUACAUUUGUUACUUCGUAAUACAUUUGUGUCCUUCAUUGUUGGUAGGUCAAUAGUGUCGUUCGUAAAUGUGAAAAUUUUAGAGUAAUCAUUGUUAAAUUGCGGUAUUUAUAAAUUUAGUUACAAAAUUUAUAGUGACAUUCAAUCAAACAUUUUACAACGCUUAAACGUUUAAUAUAAUACAUAGAAAAUAAGUUUUGCCUGAAAUGUAGUAUUUCAUUCAAAUUUUAACGCGUAUGUACCUGCUAGUAUAUAAUUAAUGCACAUUGAUGUGAUAUUUUAGGCAGCCGACAAGACGCCACUGAUUAAAAAUAUCUUUUUUUAAUGAAGUGAUAUUUAAUUAAGUUUGUAGGAAAUUCACUUUUUUUACUGACUGAAUUUUAUGUUAUCAGAAUAAAAUUAUUAUUUAUUUUUGAUACCUCUUUGUUUGUUGUGUAAUGAUAAUAAUAUUAUAAGUUAUUUUUCAAUAAAGAAGGUUUAAGUAGCGUGAUUUGAAUAGAAUAAAUGUUAUAAUAAAAAGAUGGUGUUCACUAGUAGCAUU